ACAGAAUGGACCAUAUUCCCCGUCUCUCAGAGGUCCUGUAUGUUGGUCUGAGUCGUAAGAUAGGGACACCGACACAAGUGGCCAUCAGAAGGGACGUGAAGGACAUGGAGGAUUUGAUACAGAAACUUUUUACAAUGCAUAUAGGGAUUGUGCAGAUGGAUAGUGGUAGUUAUAGAGAGGGAUUUAGGCUUACAUCAUCUGACAGGGAUAGAAUGAGCUGGUCUUGUAAAUAUAAACUUAUAACUGACAUCUCUCAGUAUAGGGUUUACAAUGUAUCAAAACAUCAUAUUAUACUAAUUGAAGACUCUGACACCCCACCUGGAUUUGUCAUACUACGGCAUAUGACAUCCUCUAAAGACAGUAGCAUGUUAUCAACAUGUCUUUUCCCCUUCAAAUGCGGAUUAUAUAUAUCUAGUUCUCUGUGGAGGGAAAUGUGCUUAAAUAACCUUGCCAGAUACAAAUAUUUCCAACAGGCGAAUUGCACAAAUCAUGGCCCUUGUUAUAAUUAUUUUGAAAGAACAAUUGAAUACGACCAUACCGCUUGUUUUGCAACUAUGUAUUGGCCUAAACGUUUGGGAGUUUGGGUUGAAAGAUGCUGGAGACAUAACUGGCCGCCUGUACCUGUGUUGAAAAAUAUUCUACGAAACGGGUGUCACUGUGUGCCUGUUGGAAGUAAAAUAAUAUCGACGUCUAACGAAUUAGAAUGGAGAUUGUCGUUUUCUCAAGCCGAACAACAACUAGUGUGUAUCAUGAAUCAUACACAAUUUCUAUGUUACGGUCUUUUAAAGAUAUUUCUUAAGGAAGUUAUCAAUUACAGGAAGGAACCAAUACUGUGUUCUUAUUACAUGAAGACCACGAUGUUUUGGAUAAUUCAAUUGGUACAUGUAAGAUGGUGUCCAAACAAUUUACUGGAUUGCUUCUGGAAAUGUUUUAAAUAUCUCAUUCAUUGCGUUUAUCGUGGAGUUUUGCCCAAUUUUUUUAUUCCGCAGAACAACAUGUUUAUAAACAAAGUAGUCGGUGAUGCACGUGAAUCACUUUUACAGCAACUUUAUCAGUAUCACAGAAUGGGUGUGUCCUGUCUACUGCUUAGUCCGACUCUCAGGUUGAUCCUAGAACCAGCCCUUUGUAGGCCAUCCUUUGUAUUGUCCACCGCUGAAGGAGAUUUUACAUCUGUUAAAGACAUAGAUAAGUGUAGCAUGACAGAAAUAUUUCGCCUUACUUUUUCAACUAUGCAGCUAUCAGAUUGUUAUCUCCACCUGAAAUCAGUUGAUACACUUUCACAAUUAUCACUCUCACCAUACCAGUUAUUAACAUUACAGUAUUGUGAAGCUGAGACUCUCGUUCAUUUUGCAUUUACACUGGCUAACAGUACUUCAUGUUAUACACAUAAAGAAGUCUACUUGUUAGACAGAAUGAUUUGUAACUUGUUGCAACUGGCAUCAAAGCGAGGUUCUGUAUCUCAUUUACUUUAUCUUGCAUUGUAUUAUUACAGAACAGGGAGAUAUGAUAAAACACUGCAUAUCAUUUAUCUCACUAAACAAAGACUAUCACAGGCCUGUAUAAUGUAUUAUGAUACUUCCGACAGGCACAGGUACAAUCAGGCUGUACGUAAUCUCCCUUUGUCUAGGAAGAUGAUGAAAUAUUGGGUUGACAACGUGCAUUUAUUCAACAGUAUUCCAUGUAUUAAAGAAUUAAGUUUAGAACAAAAUGGGAUGUUAAUAUUACAUUUAUCACCGUUUCUUACAGUAGAGAUGUUGUCAGUGCUAUCUCACUACAGACUAAGUAAUAGAUCUCAGUAUUUACAGUCACUGACAGACCUACAGACACUGCUGCUUUAUGAUGAUGAUGGGACAUACGUUCCCUUACAUUUCAGAGACCUAUCCUGGCAGGUACUAGGAAUCUGUCAGCAGGUUGUGGGAGACUUGCAGGGAGCUUUACAGUCUUAUGAAGAGUCGCUCAGACAGGAACCUAUCCACAAAAUACAAGAAGCUACACAUACUAGAAUAAGGUGUGUUAAAAGACAAUUACACAAAAAUAUACCAUCAUAG